AUGGGUGCCAAAACUCCUCAAGAUAAUACCCCGCGGCUUACUCCAUCUCCCAACGUCAUGCCUCAAAACCAACCAGCACAGAUCGGCAAUCCACCUUUUCAACACAUGUCGAUCGGUGCUUUAGCGAUAUUAGGAAGUGGCCGCUACAGCGUCCUCGAUUAUGGUCUCCUCACCAUGCCCAUUGUCAUUCGCCAUGGCAAUGAUAGUCAACACACGGGUAUACCUGGGCACCAAGAACUUCAUCCAACUGUGAUGAUCUUCAGCAUUAAUGAAACAUUCCAAGGAUUUGUCGCCGGCAUCCAAGCUGCAUUGCCAGGCAUGGUUCUUCGCAACAUCUUCAUGACCACUGGGAUCUCGUCUCCUCUAAUAGUGACAACUAGCAAUCUCACUGCAGUGCUGAGGCUCGCAAAGGAGGGGGGUGGAAAGUGUUUCCUCUGGAUUGAACAUGAUGUGACUCCAAUGUUGGGGGAUAUGCAAAACAUCCCCAGGGCGCCUAGGGUCCAGCCAGAGCCGAAAGAGCAACAGGAUUGA